GUUUUGCUAUCACAUCUCAAAUUUCCAGUCAUUCCCAAGAAAGUGACGAUCGGCAAACGUCUAGCACAAUGUCUGCACCCAGCCUUGCCAAGUGGUGUACACCUGAAAGCACUGGAGACCUAUGACAUCAUAUUUAAAUGUAUUGGAACUCAGCGUCUGGCGCAUGACCUGUUUAUCUACAGCGCUGGUCUCUUCCCGCUGCUGGGUCACGCGGCCAUGAGCAAGCACUUUGUUGCUCUUGGCCGACACAUCAAGCCUGGACUGAAUGGGUUGUUGCUUGGUCUGCUGCCUGGACUUGAGGAGGGUGCUGAAUACUUUGAAAGAACAAACUUGCUACUGGAGGAUUUUUGUAACGCUGUUGGGCCGCCAUUUUUCUAUACUGGCAUCUGGGAGUGUAUGUUGUCAUGUCCUAGUGUGCGUUUGUACGGGGCCACCUUCCUUCUGAACCAUCUGAACAAGCGACAAAGUAUGGAAGACCAGUUGCAUAUGAUUGGUUUGGACAUAGACCUGAUGGUGACUGGCAUCUGUGCCUGCUUGCAAGACUCAAGUGUUCUGGUCCAGAGGAGCAUGCUGGACUUUCUCCUGCUGGCAUUUCCCAUGCACAACGGUCAGUUGACUCGUGCAGACGUGGCCAAGAUUGUGGAGGCUGCGGUCAAUGUGGUCCUGCGUCGAGACAUGUCCCUCAACCGACGCCUGUAUGCUUGGCUGCUAGGGACGACCACUACAACAACAACUGCCACAACUGAUUCACAUCAUGGCCGACAGAGGACAGACAGCUCUUCUACAACCAGUGAGAUGGACCUUGGCUACUUCCAGGCAAGUUACUUACUCGUGUCUGCCUUGAAAGCAAAGCUCAUGGAAGAAGAUGCAUCCUCUGCACCUGGCUCAGACAGUCUCUCAGCAGUCCUGAAGCCAUUCCGCAUCCUAAUCAGUCUCCUGGACAAGCCAGAGAUUGGACCAGUAAUCAUAGAGAAUGUGUUGCUGUCUGUAUUCCGUCGGUUGAAGAUUGAAGGAGCUCACUAUGCUCAAAGUGAAGUUGCCAAAGGAACUGCGCUGGUGGUACCAGAAUGCAGCCUGCCCAUGGAGACACACAAAACGGCUAACCUGUUGUUUGGUUCCUUUGAGCCUUAUUUCAUCUGGGAUUUCAUAGCGCGGAUGUACAAAGCUGCAUGUGAUCAAAGUUCCAAGGAGCAGGAAGGCAGUAAGCUCAUGGAGGCUGUGUCUGUUUCAGAGCUGUGUGAGCUUGUGGAGUUUCUCUUGGACAUCAUUGCUCUGGAUGUGUACCCAGAAACCACGACCGAGUACCUGCCGGACCUCCUGAGACAGAUGAUCUCAACCUUGACAGUAGCAUGUGAUGACGUCACCGAGUCUGAAGUGGCAGUGACGCUGAAACUUUGUUCUAAACUGUUGUCCCGAGUGCAGCCAUCGAUGGCAGGCCAGGUUCAUCACCGUUCCCAUUCAUUGGAUACUGCAGACAGUAUUAGUGUCGUUAGCGGCUCCGAAUGCUCCCAUACCAUCGGUGUGGCUAAACACAAGGGAGUUGAGACUCCAGAGAAGGGCACUAGCAAAGAGAGAGCGACUGAUAGUGCCAGUGAAGAUGAUUCUGUUUUUCAUCAGAAUGGGGAAGCAGUAGAGGAAAGUACAAGAACUGAGGUUACUGACUGUGUUAGUGCAGAAUGUGAGCAGGAGAGAGGUGAGAGGUCACAAACUGAUGGACAGUGUGAUUCCGCAGACAGCGACAGUAAGCAGGUAAUAUUGGACAUUGACAAGGCUCUUGAGGAUAACUUGGCAAAUGAAAGAAUUCUUCAGAAUGAAACAACUGUUGAUCAUAAAAAUAAUCUCUUAAACGGAGAGCAGGCGGCGGGACAUGGUUUGCAUGGUGUUAGAGAGGACAGUGUUAUUUCAUUAACUAGUGAGGAUGUCAAAGACAGUAAGGAAUCUUUGGGCAGUUCAGUGACUUUAACAACUCUAGAUAGUGGUGUUGAUGGGUCUGUAGUCACAGCUUGGACAGAAACUGCAGAGAUCAGAGGUAGAUCAGAAGAGCAGACUUCUAAAGUGACACAGCCACCAGAUUCCCUUAAAACAAAUUCCGCAACCACCAGUGCAGGCAUAUCAGUGCCACCCAACAACACUAGCGCAAGACUGUGGUCUGGUCACCUAAGCCUCAUGCAGCUGUGUGUCCAAAGCUUCCAGCAGUUCUUUCAUCGCUUCUCUGACCUGAGAAUUCUGAAAUCUGAGGAGUUCUGCAGUCAGUGUAUGAAGAGCAUCACAUCAACAUCCCAGCCAGGAAGCAGAGAUGCUCAGAUGGAUCCUUCAGAGAAGCUUGGGCUGGGGGAGCACAGUGAGGAGGUGACUCAAGCCUACAAGCAAGCCUGCAGGUUGUUGGUGGAUUUUGCUAGUUUCCCCAUUUAUUGCACGGAUUAUGAGUCCAUCAUUGAACAAAUGUGCAGUAAAGAGAACAGUUCAGAACUUCCACUGUGGCUUCAGGAUCUUGUGAUAUGCAGCUGUUUUGUGGACUGUUUUGAGGUCCAGGCAGCCUCAAUCUCCACUCUCCUGGACUUGAUCAUACUGACCCAGUCGGUGCAGACAGAAAGUGAGAACAAGACCCGUCACCACAGCCGGCAGUCAUUCAGUGAGGGGAGGGUGUCUGUGGUCAUCCUACCUGCUCUCUUACCCACACAUCUGGUCUACAUCAACGGAAAGACGAGGUUCUACCAGAUUGUGGCUUCGGAACUGUGGACGUACUUGUCAGAGAAGCACAGUUUACAUCACCAGCGAACUGUUGAACUGUUCCAUACACUGCACCAGGUCACACCAAAUGCGAACAUCUGUGAGGAUGUGAUUGGCCGGGAUCUUAUCAGUGAAUCAGAGUUGGAGAGGAUAUCUGCUUUCAAGAAGUUCACUGUGCUCUGGCAUUUGACUAGGUCAAUCAAGACAGAAGCAAACCCCUCCCGCAAUCCCAGGACAUUUGACAGAUCUAUGUUCGUGGUAUUGGACAGCCUGAAAGAAGAGUCUAGCAUUACCAAAACUCUGGCCUUGACCUGGCUGACGCAUGUGAUCCAGAGAAGUGACACCAGCAGAGUUCUUCAGCCAUUGCUGUUGAUGCUGCUACAUCCAGAUACAGCCAGGAUCUCCAUUCAACACGUGAGUGUUCACAAGUCCAAGAAAGUGGCUGUCUCCGAGAAAGGGGAUGAGGACUUGGAAGCCAAAAUCUUUGCCAUCAGCUCCGAAGGCGGCAACGUAAUCUACCACGUCAGCCAGGGCAAGCACCCGCAGAUGGGCAAGAAACUGAUUCAGAAAUCCACGGAAGAUUUGAAAUCCUACGCUCUGUCGGUCAUGAACAAUAAGGGUGGGCACAGUACUGCACCCGUGCGCACACACUCCGUCACCGAUCUUUCAUUCGAGAGGGUCAACCCAGAGAAGGUCAAGUUAAGAAUAAAUCCAUUUGGUUCAGAGAGUUCCCUCGAUAAACUGAUAUUUGACGGCUAUGAUUUCCCGCAGUCGGCAUCCAUGCCAAACCUGGAAGGUGUCAAAAGACUGAACUCUGACACGUGUAAAAAAGAAGGGAUAUUUUUUGAUGGCUCAGAAAUCGUCGAGGAUCAUUUUUCACUAGAGAGUCCCAAAGCAACGGUUACAGUUACCAGUCCAUCACCUGAAGAAGACACAGCUAUAGAAAGGCAAGAUGAGGUUUAUGAAGACCCACCAAACAAGGAUCUUAUGACAUCAGAACAAGUUGCUAGGUGGAUUCUGGAUGGUGUGAUUGCCGCGGCUGUGAAGGACACUUCAGGCAGUGUCACUCCCAGUGAAGCCGAUGUUGAUUUCUCCGUAAAAACUCAGUCAAGCCUAGGAAUGGAACAGUCUUACAUCUCCCCAAGUUUGGAUGACUUGAGAAAGAUUGAUGUCGACUCCUCCUCUGAUAGUGACAAUGGUGACAGCAAGAAUGUUUCCAGUGCUAGUGACACUUUAAACUACCAGAUGGUUAAUUCCAAUAAUAGAAGCGGAAGUACUGAGAGCCUGACAAUUCAGGACUCUGAGCAGACGACCCAGCGCCCAAUUGACCCUCGUGACCUGGACCCCAGUACGGAUAUUCAUGAGCUGCAUAUGCAUAUGCUUCUCUACACCCAACAGUAUGAUUAUCGGCGUACACUGUAUGCAUUGUCUACUCUCCGAGCAAUGCUUUACUCUUGUCCCCGACUGGUUGUCACAGCAAUGGCUACAACAAAUAUCAGUUCUGUGCGGCCGCCACAUUUAGCAAAGCUGCAGUCAUUACUUGGAAGACACCGGAAGUCUGUCUUUGGCAAGAACUUUUUUGGGGAUCUCCCACCAGAAGUGAUGGCCAGUUACCGUAGCAACAUGUUUGUGGAGAUAGUGAUCUCCCUUUGUCUGUAUUUUGUGCGGGGCUACUAUCCCAACCUUAUGAUGAGCAAGCUGACCAAUGAAGAACUGCUGGGAAAUAGAAUGGUUCACAUUUUGGGGAUAGAGAUUCUAACCCUGCUGGUGUCUGAACUCCUGUCCAUCAUGAAGGAGAGUGGCAAGAACUUUGUAUCCUACAUCUCCGACCUGCUGUCCCGUUGCAAGCUGCAGAAGUCCCUUCUCCAUUGCCUCCUAGCAUCCGUGUACAACCAGGGUUGUAACGGUCCGGCCAGCAACAGCAGCAGGACGGAGGCUGUCAAGCUGACCGAGAUGAUCAUUGACUUCAACGAGAACAGCCUGGACCCCAGCGUCAACGACACAUUCCAGAUGAAGUUGCUGCAGCUGAUGCUGGUGAUGAUCAUGCUGGAGGACCAGAUCCGGCUAGCGCAGGGAGUUCCAGAUUCUAGUUCAUCUGCGGGAGAGAGAACACACCUGACUUCUUCCUUACUGAAUGUCCACUACAACCCCAACCUUCCGGUCAUCCAGCAAGAGAUGUUUCUCAGUGCCGUCUGGAGCGCUCUCAAGCAGCAUCAUUUGUGCCACCUGCACCGCCACUGGGUGGGUUUGGUCACCUCGGCACUGCCCUACAUGGGCAAGGCUAUGGCGCGGACUGUGCUUUGUGUAGUGCUACAGUUGUGUCGUAAUCUGGAGAUCAUUGCUGCAGACCUCACCAAGAAAAAGUCCAGUAUGCAGAAGGUUCCCCCAGACCAUGUGGUCAGCAUGCUGGAAGGGCUGACCACUCUGUGCCACUACUGCCUUCUGGACAACACCAACCCAGUGUCAAUUGGCCAGCCUGCUCCAUCCAGCAUUAACAUCUCCACCGAGACGGCCAGCGCCGGGCAGAUCCUCACUAACCUCAUUAGUGUGUUCAACCCGGUCACCAGCGGGAAGGAACCUAGCCCAUCCAGAGAUUCGGCCCCAGUGUCUCCAGUACUGGAUGCUAGGAGUCGUCUGCUGGGUAUCCUGCCUCGCAUCAUGGCCUGUAUGGCGAUGCUGUGGAAGGCUGUUGCCAUCACGACAGAAGAAGGUGCUGCGUAUGUGACCAGCCACCCGGCUGUUGGAGAUUUUAAGUCUGUGAGACAACAUAUUCUUGAGUUGUUAAGUCCCAUCUCCCUUCCACAUGGGACCAAUCUGUUAGCAGCGUUUGCUGUAGCUUGGAAUGACCGGAGAUCAAAGUCUUCAGCAGCCACAAGUGUGCAGAAGGUAACCUUUCAAGAGUGUGGGGACCAGCUGUUGCUGGUAGAGCUGGUAAGUGCCAUCAGGGUACUGCCUACGGAUACGCUGAUCCAGACAGUCAAACAAGCCAUCAGACAGCCACCGCAGAGUGAAUUAGGCAAGAAAUCACUGCCGCUAGAGGUGAACCUGCUACAGUUUUUCUUUGCCUACGUCCAUCACACUACGAGUAGCUCACAUCUUCUCAGGGAAUGCCUGCAGAUGAAUAUCAGUCCGCCGGCUUUGUUUCUUCUUUUGCAAAUCUUAAACGAGUUUGUGCAGAAGACCCCAGCCAUGGAAGAAAAGAAAAACCAGAAAGAUCUUGCUAUAGCAGGCUCCUCUCUGGAACAAACCACCUGGCUGAGACGCAACUUUGCCGUCAAGCCUGGCCCACAGAAUGAGACAGAAGAUGAGGCAGAAACACGGGAUGAGAUUGGUAAGACUGAACACACAGAUGCCAGAAAGGAAGUGAGCGCGAUCAAGACUCCAGUACAGAGAAGUCAAGUGUCAGACUCGAAAUACAGUGUCCACGCUUUGGCUCUUCUUGCUGAGUUAACAGCCCCUUUGUUGGAUGUCAUUUACAACAGUGAUGAGAAAGACAAGGUGGCGCCGUUCCUUACCACCCUUUUAUAUAACGUCUUCCCUUACUUGCGACAUCACAGCUCCCAUAACCUGCCCAGUUACCGAGCCUGCAGCCAGAUGUUGGCAAGUAUAUCUGGCUACCAGUAUACCAGGAGGGCCUGGCGCAAGGAAGCCUUUGAGAUGUUUAUGGAGCCUUCGUUCUUUCAAAUGGAUGCCCGCAGCAUCACCUACUGGAGGGUGAUUAUAGACAAUCUGAUGACUCAUGAUAAAACAACAUUCAAGGAUUUGAUGGGUCGUGUGACAAUCACUCAGACGGGCUCCCUGAAUCUGUUCACCAGCAAGGAGCAGGAGUAUGAGCUUAGGUCCCAGAUGAUGAAGCGGCUGGCCUUCACCAUCUUCUGCAGUGAGGCGGACCAGUAUCAGAGAGCUAUGCCUGAGGUACAAGAGAGACUGGCAGAGUGCCUCAGACUGCCCCAGGUGGCUAAUGUGAUGUCUUCCGUGUUCUUAUGCUUCCGUGUGCUGAUUCUCCGCAUGUCUCCACAACACCUGACCUCACUGUGGCCAACCAUUAUCACAGAAAUGGUGCAAGUCCUCCUGCAAGUCGAACAGGAACUUUCCACGGAGACUGAUGACUUCAGGACACAGAUUCAGAGAAUUGCAGCCUUAGAUUCGAGCUGGGCCCAUCUCGGCAACGGUCUAAAUGCUCACAACAAUCCGGCCUGGUUACAGCUAUACCUGAGUGUCUGCAAGCUGCUGGACAUGUGUGUCGUGCUGCCCGCUGACCAGGUGCCACAGUUCCAGUUAUAUCGGUGGGCAUUUGUUGGUACAGCAGGAGAGGACUAUUACCAGACUCCAGAUGACAGCGACGACCCGUCAUGGCGACCCAGUCCCCUGUUUAUGCCGCACAUCAUCCGACUGACACGAUUGAUGAACAACACGCUGAAGAAGCGGCCAUCCUUGAUAAAGGUGGAACCUGGACGCCCAAUGUUGACCAUCAAUCGACUACGCUCCCUAGCAGAACUUCAUUCCUUCUUCUACACCCUGUCCUACAACACAGCAGACCGGCACCACACCACAGCCUCCAGUAGCAGUCACUCCAGUCUCCCGUCCAAGGAUCGGAUUCCCGCAGCAAAGUCAGAGAAAGAUCAGCCUCCUGACAGAGCAGGAGGAAGGGAUCACGUUGAGACUACGACUUUGUCAAACAGAAAGUAUAUUGAAUACCUGUUAGAGGCUGAUUUUCUGGAGUCUGUUGUUUGA